AUGGCUACUUGGGGCUUUGGCGCUACUCAAGGUGUUUUCCGAGAGUACUACUUCAAAACGCCUCCUUUCGAAGGAAAUCAGUUGGUCGCAUCCACAGGCCUUCUGGUAGUUGCAGUUCAGGUUAUCAUGACUCAGGGACUCAUGUAUGGUCUAUCGAGUGGACUACUAUUUGCGCCGUGUCUCACGUUCGUGGAUGAAUGGUUUCUAAAACGACGUGGUCUUGCCAAUGGCAUUUUCUUUGGGGCACCCAACAUUGCUGCCGCAGGUCUUUCGCCCAUAUUCUCCGUUCUUCUCAAGCGCUUUGGUCGUCGAACUACCCUCAUAGGAUGGGCUGUAUUCGCAUCUGUCAUUAUAUCCCUUGGCACCAUCUGCGUUCGUUCCCGAUGUGACAGCAAGGCGGAGGCAGCGACGGCGUCUCAACAGCCGCCUUCAAUGAAGAGAAUAUUCAAGAAGCCAAAAUUCUGGGUGUUUGUUGUUUCUAUGACACUUCAAAGCCUGGCGAACAACUUACCUGCCAAUUACCUCCCCAGCUUUGCGACUGACCUUGGUGUUUCGCCUGAAAAAGGCGCUCUAUUGGUCACAUUCUUAUCGCUCUUUGGUAUCAUCGGUCAGAUAUCAAUCGGUGCCCUAACGGACGCGAUCGGACCUUCGAUGCCAAUGCUGAUGAGUACGCUCGUCAGCAGUUUCGCAGUGUUCGUGGUUUGGGGUCUUGGCAAAUAUUACUGGAACAUGGUAGUCACAUCCAUACUGUUUGGCGCAUUUGCUUUCAGCUUUAUGGUGUUACGCAGUCAUAUGGCUGCAGUAGUUGUUGACGACCCCAAUCGCCCAAGCGAGGAAUUGUUCGUGUCUGGAAUUCUUCUCUUCACCCGUGGUGUCAUUGGAGUUGCUUCGGGAUACAUCGCUGCAGCUGUCCUCAAGAACAGUGACCAUAUUGGAGUCCAGCCCGGAUAUGGUGCCGGGAAAUGGCGUGAUUUUAUCAUUCUUGUUGGCACCACGAUGACGGCAGCGACAGUUGGGGCGUUCGAAAAAUAG